UUAGUACCUGAAUGCACCACAGAGCCAGCUCUCCACCAGUUUUGUAAAGGUUUGUUCUACAUUUGUGUGGGGCGGAGAGCUGGAAAGUUGGUACAGUGUGUGUACAGUUGCUAAACAGAGUGGCCAUACAGCUCAUUUUUCAGCGACCUGGCUGAUAACUGUAACGCGUUGAUGCGUGUUCUGCGUUCAGAUAUGUCUUCUUGGAAAAGAGGAAAACAUGCUUCACACAGCUUCUGGAAGCAGUCUAUCGAAGCUCUGGUGGUUUUCUCUCUGUGUGUCAAAAUAUCUGGAUGCUCUGACGUAGAUGAAUUGAUGUCCACAUAUCCACUGAUUGAUGGUCACAAUGACCUUGCUCUCCAGCUGAGGAUUCGUCACAACAACUCCCUAAGCCAAGUUGACCUUCAUAACCUCUCCAAAGUAUCCACAGACAUAUCCCGUUUCAAAGCAGGCCAUGUGCAGACACAGAUGUUUGCUGUCUACGUACUGUGUGGUGCUCAGCAGAAGGAUGCUGUGAGGCUUACUCUGGAACAAAUAGAUGUGGUGAGACGUAUGUGCACAGAGUACCAGGAGUUUGAACUGGUCACAUCUGUCCAGGAGCUAAAAGAUUCUAAGGACAAUGGUAAGAUAGCCUGUUUAAUAAGUAUCGAAGGAGGCCACUCUAUUGACAGCAGCCUUCCUGCCCUGCGGAUGUUUUACCAGCUUGGAGUCCGCUCCAUGGGUCUCACACAUUCUUGUAAUACACCCUGGGCUGAAUCAUCCUCAAAUUUUUACCCUGUAUAUAAGAGAGAGAAUAACAGCCUGACAUCCUUUGGGAAGGUCGUGGUCGAGGAGAUGAACAGACUUGGAAUGAUAGUGGACCUCUCCCACACCUCAUGGAAUACAUCCUCUGCUGUUCUGAGUCAUUCUAAGGCUCCGGUUAUUUUUAGCCAUUCCUCUUCCUACUCCAUAUGUAACCACAGCCGCAAUGUUCCUGACAAUCUGCUACUUGAACUGAAAAAGAACCAAGGGUUGAUCAUGGUGAAUCUCCACAACACAUUUGUUUCCUGCAGAGAUGAGGCUAACAUCUCUCAUGUGGCUGACCAUUUUGAUUACAUUAGGAAAUUGAUUGGAGCUGAAUCAAUAGGAAUUGGAGGGGAUUAUGAAGGUGCUACAAGCUUCCCUCAUGGGUUAGAGGAUGUCUCAAAAUACCCUGCCCUAAUCCAGGAACUGCUGAGAAGAAACUGGACUGAGAAUGAGCUGGCUGGUGUCCUUCGAAAUAACUUCUUGCGUGUGUUUGAACAGGUUGAGAGGGUCCGUGAUCAGUUGAGUUCAAAACUACCAAGUGAGGUCCAGAUUCCAUUUGAAGAGGCGCACAACCCAUGCAGGCUAAUCCUUAAACGUCCGGACCCAAGAAGCCCGUCCUCAGAUCAGUCCUCUGGAGCAGAAGGUGGAUUACCUGCUCUGUUAAUCCUUGCCACAGUUCUAAUGCUUUCCAGAAUAUUUUUGAUUGAAUGAAUAUUAACAAUCUCAGUUCAGCCAUAUCAUUCUUUUGAAGUUGUAUAGAAAGGAGUACGUUGUCACAGUGCUACAUGUCAGUGGAGAUUAGGAGGAAGUUAAUGACUUUAAUGUCUAACCUCAUUUUUGCUAUAAUUAAAAUGCAAACUCCUGUACAUACAUUAAAUCAAUUAAUUAAAAAUUCAGAAGAUGUCUGAAAGAGACCUCAUGGUCUUUUUUUUUUUUUUUUAAAUUCACUAUUUAUUUUGUUAUUUAGUUUGCAGAACAUUUUUUUCAUGAUGUCCAUAGAAGAUUAAGAAUGAUAAAACUGAUAAAUAUAACUUUAGAGAUUAUACUUUGUAUCUAGGAUUGACUAGUAAGCAGCUUUGAAGCUGAGGUUGUCCACUUAAGUUUAUAAUGUUUCAAGCACUUUAACAAAGUUGUACAGUAUAUCAGUUUCAAAGCAAAUAUUUGUUCUAUUUACUCUUACAGCAUAAGACAAUAUCAUGGUGUACGUCAUUCGUGUAGCUUUGUUGCUCACAACCCAAUGGCAAUAAAUUUGAUAAGUAUC